UCCGUCCUGGCAUCCUGCGCCCCUCCACUCCACUUCUUUCUUUUUUUCUCUUCUUUCCACUCACACUCCUUCUAGAUUGGGGACUUCUUCCUCGACAGGCUCCUGUCAGGUUUGCGGCAUCGUUCUUUUGGGAGCUCCGUAAGAAGCCAGAAACCAUGCUGACGUUUUUGGCGCUGGCGUCGGUCGUACUCCUGGGAAUAGUGCCCGAGCAGUCCCAGGCCAUAGUGAUUUACACCGGUUGGGAACGCCAUGCCUUGGUGGGCUCCGAUAUCCGACUCUCCUGUUCCUUCUUCUCCUGGCGCUGGACCUCAGAGGACGUCACCUUCUCCUGGACAUACAGGCCUGAUGGCUCCCGGGACAGCAUCUCUAUUUUCCACUACACCAGCGGCGCUGCCUACCUCGACAACAAGGGACCAUUCAGGGACCGACUGGAGUUUGUGGGGAACCCCGGCCGCCGUGAUGGCUCCAUCCUGAUCAAGAACUUGGAUUUCAGCGACAACGGCACCUUCACCUGCGACGCUAAGAACCCCCCUGACAUAGUGGGAAGGCCCUCCGCUGUCCGCCUACUGGUGUUUGAGAAGGUGCCCAUCCAGGCUGGUGUGAUCACAGGGGCCAUUAUCGGGGUGGUGCUGGGCCUGCUGGUGCUCAUCGUGGUCAUCUACUACCUGAUGAGGUUCCUGGUGGCACGCCGUGUCUUCAGCCUCAGUGUCAGCAAACAUGGCAAGAAAAAGAAAGAGGGAUCACAGCAGAGACAGCUCUGGACACCACCCCAGCUCACUUGCUACCCCCUCCCCUAAAAGGACUGUCUCUCUACCUCCUCACCCCUUUCUGUCUCUGUCCUCCUUUUCCUCUUAAAUGUGUUUUCUCUCCUCUUCACACAGCUCCACUCGUCCAGCUAACCCCAUUUUUCAUCUUCUCACCUCUAACAUCUCACCCCUCCCCUCCUCCCUUCCUUCCUCCCUCCCUCCCUAAGCCUGCCUUUCUUUCUCUCUCUCUCUCUUGCUCUCUUUAUCUCCCUCACGCUCCUUUCCUCCUGAAGUGACUCUCCUCCCCUGUUUUCCCCCCGACCCCUCUCUCCCUGCUCCCCCACAGGGCCCCGUUCCUCCCGCUGACCCCUCCAAGGUGAAGGCGGCCGCCUCGGAAAAGAAGAAGCAGGAGUCACGCAAGGAUAAGAAAUAGGAU